AUGUCGUCCGACGAGAUUGUUUGGCAGGUCAUAAACCAGCAGUUUUGCUCGUUCAAGCUGAAGACCACGAAAGAGAAGAAUUUCUGUCGCAAUGAAUACAAUGUCACCGGCCUCUGCAACAGACAAUCAUGCCCUCUCGCAAACUCCCGCUAUGCUACCGUUCGCGCACAUCCCGACAGUGGAACACUUUACCUCUACAUGAAGACAAUCGAGCGCGCGCAUACACCUGCGAAGUUAUGGGAACGGAUAAAGCUGUCGCAGAACUAUGCCAAGGCCCUGGAGCAAGUGGAUGAGCGAUUGAAGUACUGGCCGAAGUUCCUUAUUCACAAAUGCAAGCAAAGACUUACGCGGUUGACACAAGUCGGGAUAAGAAUGAGACGAAUUGCUAGGGAGGAUGAGAGGUUAGGAGAGAAGCUUGUGCCUAAGAUGGCGCCAAAGGUCAGGAGGAGGGAGGAGACGAGAGAGAGAAAAGCAGAGGCUGCGGCGAAGGUGGAACGGGCUAUCGAAAGAGAGCUGAUUGAGCGUUUAAGAAGUGGGGCGUAUGGCGAUCAACCGCUGAAUGUGAGCGAAGUCAUCUGGAAGAAGGUUCUGAAAGGUUUGGAGAGAGGUGGUGAAGGUACCAGAGAUGAGGAUUUGGACGAGGGGAUCGAGGAAGAACUAGAAGACGAAAACGAAGAGGCAUACGAGGACGAAGAAGGUGUCGGCGGUGUUGAGUAUGUCAGUGAUUUGGGCGAGGAUGAAGAGGAUCUGGGAGAUUUGGAGGACUGGCUAGGAAGUGAUAGCGAAGAACCUGCCAGUGAUAGCGAGGGUGAGGAGAAUAGUGAGAGCGGAAGCAGCGAUGGCGAUGGCGAUGAGGUGAAGAAGCCCACGGUGGGUGGGAAGAGGAAGAAAGGCCCAGUCUCCAAGGCGAAACCAAAGAAGUACCCGAGAAUGGAAGUCGAGUACGAGGAAGAGACCGAGGCUGCUGCACGACACUUGGCACCGGCUUAG